AAAAGGAUCCGGCCACAGCAAGCUGACAAACAGGCACCAUGAAGCUGGGGCAGCGUCUCUCGGUUUGUGUCCUGCUGCUACUUUGUGUGACACAGAGCGCAGAUGGAGGGAACAUUUUGGUGUGGUACACUGAAGGCAGCCACUGGAUUAACAUGAAGCCUGUGCUGGAGUCGCUGAUUGACAGGGGACACCAGGUGACGGUUCUGGUCCCGAGCACGUCAAUGUUCAUGAACACCAAUGAGCCUUCUCGCUUUGGCUACGAACCCUUCAACGUCUCUGUCUCGAAGGAGACAAUGGAGGACUUGAUGAAAGAAUUCUUUCACUUCUCCAUGUAUGAAAUGGAUCAUAUGAGUUACUUGCAGAUUUACAUCAGAUUCAUUGAGCUGAUGAAGGGCAAUCUGCAGAACUCUUUGAAGUUUUUGGAUGGCGUGGUAAAAUCAGAGACCAUCAUGAAGAAGCUGAAGGAGGGAAAAUAUGACCUUCUCCUGGCUGACCCCGUCUAUCCCGGCAGUGACUUAGUAGCAGAUAUUUUGGGCAUCCCCCUGGUCUUCUCCCUUCGGUUUUCCAUAGGCAAUACAUGGGAGAGACAUUGUGGUCAGCUACCUGCUCCUCCUUCCUUUGUUCCAGGCACUAUGAGCAAACUGACUGACAAGAUGGACUUCCGAGACAGAGUGUGGAACUUCCUCUUCUACGCACUGCAGGACGUUGUGAUCGAUAACUUUUUUUUUAAAGAAGUAGAUAAAUAUUACUCCGAAAUCAAAGGAAGCCACUGGAUUAACAUGAAGCCUGUGCUGGAGUCGCUGAUUGACAGGGGACACCAGGUGACGGUUCUGGUCCCGAGCACAUCAAUGUUCAUGAAUACAAGUGAGCCUUCUCGUUUUGGCUAUGAACCCUUUAACGUCUCUGUCUCAAUGGAGACCAUGAUGGAGUUUUUUGAAGAGUACCUUCACUUCUCCAUGUAUGAGAUUGAUCAUAUGAGCUACUUGCAGAUGUACAUCAAAUACAUGGAUAUGAUGACGGUUGACCUGCAGUAUUCUUUGAAGUUUUUGGAUGGCGUGGUGAAAUCGGAGACCAUCAUGAGGAAGCUGAAGGAGGGAAAAUAUGACCUUCUCCUGGCUGACCCCAUCUAUCCCGGCAGUGACUUAGUAGCAGAUAUUUUGGGCAUCCCCCUGGUCUUCUCCUUUCGGUUUUCCCUAGCCCAUAACUGGGAGAGACAUUGUGGUCAGCUACCUGCUCCUCCAUCCUUUGUCCCUGGUGCUAUGAGCAAACUGACUGACAAGAUGGACUUCCGAGACAGAGUGUGGAACUUCCUCUUCUACGCACUGCAGGACGUUGUGAUCGAUCAUGUUUCUUGGAAAGGAUUAGAUAAAUAUUACUCUGAAAUCAGAGGAAAACCCACCAGCGCCUGUGAGAUGAUGGGUAGAGCAGACAUCUGGUUGAUGCGAACCUACUGGGACUUUGAUUUCCCUCGUCCUUCUCUCCCUAACUUCAAAUUCGUUGGUGGGAUCCACUGCAGACCUGCUAAACCUUUACCAGAGGAUAUGGAAGAGUUUGUGCAGAGUUCUGGAGAUGCUGGUAUCGUGGUCUUCACUUUGGGGUCAUUCAUCACGAACAUCACCACAGAGAAGGGAAACAUGAUCGCCUCAGCCCUCGCUCAGUUACCACAAAAGGUGCUGUGGAGAUACAGUGGAGAAAAACCAGCGACUCUGGGUGCCAACACCAGACUAUACGACUGGAUCCCUCAGAAUGACCUACUGGGUCACCCCAAGGCAAGAGCUUUUGUCACCCAUGGUGGCACAAAUGGGAUUUAUGAGGCCAUCUACCACGGUGUUCCCAUGGUGGGCAUCCCCAUGUUUGCUGACCAGCCAGACAACAUGGUCCACAUGAAGGCUAAGGGAGCUGCAAUUAUUGCAGACUUGAACUUCAUGAAGACAGAGGACCUGAGAGAUGCUAUCAAUACUGUCAUCAAUGACAAAUCGUACAAGGAAAAUGUCAUGCAGCUGUCCAGCAUCCAUCAUGACAGACCAAUGAGUCCUCUGGAUGAGGCAGUAUUCUGGAUUGAGUACACCAUGAGAAACAAAGGGGCCGAGCACCUGAGGGUUCAGGCCCAUGAGCUCACCUGGUACCAGUAUCACUGCUUGGAUGUCCUGGCCUUCCUCCUUGCCAUCAUUCUGCUUCUCGUCUUUCUCUUCAUCAAGACCUGCAGUUUCUGCCUCCGGGGGUGCUGUGGCAGAAAGGAAAAGAGAAAGAGAAAGAGAAAGGCUGAGUAAAUGAACAGAAAUGUAGUUGGUUAAAUAAGUAAUGGCUGAAAAACAACAGUUCUCUGGUUGUCCUGUUGGUCUAAAUCAUGUGAUGUAAACAUAAUGCCCUGGAUUGGAAUAUGUGGAUUAGAUCCAGAAAUUUGUAAUUAAUAAUUUUGACAAAAAAACGUGAAAAUACAUUAAAAAAUGAUUUUACAGUGUCCAGUAUUAUCCUGAAUCUCCAAACAAUGUACCAUGUGUUGUGCCAUUUAUUUCACUUGUUUUGUCACCAUAAACUCAAGUUCAGUAAGCCUGUAAACUGAAAUAAAAACAGCCUGAACAAAUACCAUGUUUUUGCUUUAC